AUGUUCGAACAGAAUUGUUUACUAAACGAAAUCAUCGCCGCCCUUUCUAAAAAUCACCAAAGACCUCUCGAUUAUGGCUACCGCCUCUACUUCGCUGAAACGCCCGGCACAAUUCGCCGAACUAAUCGGGGCUGCGUAUCGCUCUGGAAGGAGAAUCUUGAGGGUGUUUGGGUGACUCUUAGCGAGGUAUCACGGGCGCGGCAGACCCAUUCAGCAACAUUCGGCACCAGCACCAACAUGGAGUCCAACUCCUCCAUAGGACUGACCAAUCAGCGCGAUUCACGUGCCCCCAACAUCCUUUACAACCGGGCUGCUGUUCCUCCAGCGGGCCAGCGUUCCAAUUUCUUUGGAGCCUGUGCGCGUGCACCCCCUACCACCGACCGCACUCAGGCUCUCACUCCCUUGCAGAGCACUGACCCCGAAGCACAGAAAUUGGACACAUUUCUGGCUGACGUUGUCCCUCCAACUGGACCGCGAAUAGCAUUUGACGGUGUGGCUGCGUGA